AACAAGCGCGCGCGGGAGACUUGCACGAAAUGUCAGAACGACGCCGAGCCUCAGUGAAGAACGUCAUCACGUCUAAAGCUAAGAAAUUUCGAUUCUCAUCUGCAGAUUAUGAUUGGAAGCCGGGAGAUUCCGUUUGUGGUUCCAUUGUGCGAAUUUCAAUGGAGCAUUUCGUAACGUAUGACAGCUGUACUUUCUAUCCUGGUCCUAAGCUGAACGUUGUGUUGGGACCGAACGGGACAGGCAAGUCGUCUCUGGUGUGUGCGAUGUGUCUUGGAUUAGCGGGCUCGACUAGUCUUUUGGGACGAGCUAGGGAGGUUGGAGACUAUGUGAAACACGGUUAUGACACAGCAAGUAUUGAAUUAGAACUGUGAGUUGUAGUUAAUAAUGAUAUCUUGUUUGUACAUAAAUUUUUUAGUUUGACGUUUAGUAAAUU